CACACGCACACACACACGGCAGUGAGCGUAGAGAGGGACGUCAGGCUGGAGGUUCUGUCAUGGCUCAUCAGGACCCAGUGUUCAUAGUGCUCACACUCCUCUGCCUCGAUAGUGUGUUACGUGGUGUCCAAGGAAACGGCAUGAAAGAAGACGACCAGCCAGAGGCACGGUACGCUCUGAUUGGUGCAGGCGUGGGUCUGAUCCUGGCCGUCAUGUUCGUUGCUGUGAAACUCUGCAUGAUAAAGAGACACAUGCUGGACAAUGGGUACUACUCUGCAGAUGACUCACUGAGAGGACAGUCCCUGCGACCAGCCCUAGAGAUCAACACCUGAUUAAAAGCCUCUGAGCCUCUCUUAAAGGGCUCUUUGCGUCCAUCACUAGAGCUGCUAGCAUCUUAAAGGGCUCUUGGCGCCCAUCACUGGAGCUACUAGCAUCUGUCGCUAGCUUGUCUCCUAAGGUGCUGCUAGCAUGUGUUGCUAACAUGUUUCUGACAGGGCUGCUAGAGUGUGUUGUUGCUAGCACGUUUCUUACAGGGCUGCUAGCGUGUGUUGCUAGCAUGUUUCUUAUAGAGCUGCUAGCUUGUGUUGCUAGCACGUUUCUUACAGAGCUGCUAGCGUGUGUUGCUAGCACUUUUCUUAUAGAGCUGCUAGUGUGUGUUGCUAGCACAUUUAUUACAGGGCUGCUAGCGUGUGUUGCUAGCACGUUUCUUAUGGAGCUGAUAGCAUGUGUUGCUAGCACAGGGCUGCUAGCGUGUGUUGCUCUCACAUCUCUUAUAGAGCUGCUAGCGUGUGUUACUAGCAUGUUUCUUAUAGAGCUGCUAACUUGUGUUGCUAGCAUGUUUCUUAUAGAGCUGUUUGUGUAUGUUGCUAGCACAUUUUUUAUAGAGCUGCUAGUGUGUGUUGCUAGCAUGUGUAUUACAGGGCUGCUAGUGUGUGUUGCUAGCACGUUUAUUAUGGAGCUGCUGCAUGUGUUGCUAGCACGUUUCUUAUGGAGCUGCUAGCAUGUGUUGUUAGCAGGUUUCUUACAGGGCUGCUAGUGUGUGUUGCUAGCACGUUUCUUAUGGAGCUGCUGCAUGUGUUGCUAGCACGUUUCUUAUGGAGCUGCUGCAUGUGUUGUUAGCAUGUUUCUUAUGGAGCUGCUAGCAUGUGUUGUUAGCAGGUUUCUUACAGGGCUGCUAGCGUGUGUUGCUAGCUCGUCUCUUUAAGUGCUGAGAGGGAGCAACUGGCUACUAUUGAAUUUACUCUAGAGUCCCUGGACUGGAUGUACAAAGAAAGCGCUAAUAAAACGUUUAUUUUAAUAAAACAUUUUUCUACGCAGAAAGCGAACGCUCUAUUUUCAUACGCAGAGAGCGAAUGCUCUACCUUGUCAUAUCGCCUGGUAUCUACUAAGCUGUCACAUUCCUCGCUCAUCACCGCUUGACCCCUCGCCUGGUGCGAAGUCAUAAUGUACAGAGAGUCUCAUACGUUCAUAAUGUACAGAGUCUCAUACGUUCAUAAUGUACAGAGUCUCAUACGUUCAUAAUGUACAGAGUCUCAUACGUUCAUAAUGUACAGAGUCUCAUAUUCAUAAUGUAGAAUCUCAUACGAUCAUAAUGUACAGAGUCUCAUACGAUCAUAAUGUACAGAGAGUCUCAUAUUCAUAAUGUACAGAGUCCCAUACGUUCAUAAUGUACAGUGAGUCUCAUACGUUGAUAAUGUACAGAGUCUCAUACGUUCAUAAUGUACAGAGAGUCUCAUAUUCAUAAUGUACAGAGAGUCUCAUACGUUCAUAAUGUACAGAGUCUCAUACGUUCAUAAUGUUCAGAGUCUCAUAUUCAUAAUGUUUAGAGUCUCAUAUUCAUAAUGUACAGAGAGUCUGGCCGCUUUCCAUUGCCAAGUGUGAACUUCCUUGAAUGUGGAUAGUCUGUUGAUGUUUAAACUAUUGGAUCUGCCCAUUCGCUAACAUUUGGUCAUGACGUGACAUGCUCAAACUAGCGCACGACCUCAACGUCAUCGUUCUCAGCUACUCCCUCUGUUCGCUGUUUGGACCUGCACAUUUUUGUCUUGAGAAAACUAGCAAAUGUACGGCAGACCCAGACGACGUACUGAAGGGAAAUGUGAAGGAGGGCGGAGCCUGACCAUCUGCUCCCUGGCUCCACCCCCUACAACACGAUUGGCUCACAGCAACGAAUUCACUGAUGCGUAAUCAACAUGGACGCGCGAGGACGCUCGUGCUCAACACCAAACUCAUGCAUGAGUUGUCAUCUACCAAUCAGCUUGCAAAAACUGGUGCCGGACGUUGCAACCAUGUAACGCCAUUUUUUCAAAGAUGUCGGCGGCCAAAUGCCAUGCUAACUGGCUGAAGCUAACCCUCCAAAUCCUGACCCCCUGGAAUUAACUGAUGGCAACAUGAAAAAGAAGCAGUCUCAAAAGUUUAGCAAUCAUACAUGAUCACAAAAUGCCCUAAAACAGUGUCCUAACACACUGUACCGAGUAGUAGUUCUACUCCACUACUCUAACUACUCACACUGUUUACUAGAUACUUACAGUUCUAAUCCACUUAAAAACAUACUGUAUAUGUGCCGUGUAGACUAGGGCUAUGACAGACGUAUGCUAAAUACUAAAUCUAGCAGAUUGGGAAGUGGAUUUCAUGAAAGUGAAAAUACAAGGAAGGCAAAAAAAAAGUUUAACUUGCUUUUGACAUCUACGAUGAGCAAAACUGGUGCGCUGAAUACUGAUUCUGCUGUCUCUGAAAGUUUCGAUGUAGUCAUUAUAGUAAAGGCUUUUUAAUGUUAUUCUUACUUGUUUUAUAAUAAAGGUGAAAGACAUGUA